AUGGCAGUACAUGGAGCAGUGAGCUCAGAAGACUUGAAUCCUGAACAGUUUAUGAAUAUUAGUCAGAUAAUCCAGUACUGGGGAUAUCCUUCAGAAGAGUAUGAGGUUCUUACAAAGGAUGGCUAUUACUUGAGCCUGAACAGGAUUCCAGGAGGCUCCAAAUCAUCUGUACUGCUGUUGCACUGUUUGACCAUGGAAGGCAGCGUCUGGGUCACAAAUCUGCCGCAUCAGAGCCUGGGCUUCAUACUAGCAGAUGCUGGAUAUGAUGUUUGGAUUGGAAACAACAGAGGAAACUCCUGGUCUAGAAGACACCAAAACCUUUCAAUAGAAGAAGAAGCAUUCUGGGAUUUUAGUUUUCAUGAGAUGGGCACCUAUGACCUUCCUGCCAUGGUAGACUUCAUUCUGCAGAAAACUGGACAGAAGAACAUCUAUUAUGUCUGCCAUUCUCAAGGAUGCACUGUGGGUAUGAUAACUAUAAACCUUGGCAUGCACUCUAUAGAAUUGGACAGUCUUUUCUACAAUUGGCUAUGUAUGCAAAUUUGA